AAAAAAUUUUGAAGAUUACAACAAUGAAAUCUAUGGUUGUUGUAUGUUGAUCAUGUUAAAAUUUAUUAUACUAUGAGGAAUAUAUUCAUUUUUUUUGUUUUGGUAAAGAUAACCUUUACUGUAGAACUUGUAUAACUUGGAAUUCUUAGAUUACUUUAAAAUUACUUUAAAAUAGUCAUAAUAAUAUUUUAUUUUAGCAGAUAUUCUGUGUGUUAGCAUUCAAAGAUAAAUUAUUACAUUAUAUAACUGAUGAAAUUGCAGGAAGUUCAUAUAAGUACUAUAGUUUAGCUUAUGAUGGUUUUAUUAAAAUAGUACUAAUAUCUGAAGUUGGGGACACAGAUUUAUAUGCUUCACAAACAACGACAAAACCAACUUAUGAGCCAGAUCAAUAUUGUCUUCAAUCUGCUACGUGUGGAGAAGAUAUUAUUCUUAUUCCUGAUAGCUUUAAAAGACCAGUUAGUAUAGGAGUUUAUGGACAUCCGUCGCAUGAGAAUAGCAAAUACAUUCUGUUAGUAUAUCAAACAACAGAUACAGGAAACAUAUAUAAAAGAAAUUCAGAUAUUCAUAAUGAAGUAUAUAUUAAAAUGCAGAAAUGUUUAGAAUAUAUAAUAUAUGAAUAUAUAAUUCAUAUAAUUUUAAUAUUACUAUUUCAGAAACAAAAGCCAUCAAUCUCAACAUCUAUCACAUGGUAUCUGUUAGAUUUUUUGUUUCAUGUAUUAUUUUAAUGUAAAUUACAUUUUAGAGCCUUAAAUUUUUAAAU